AUGAAUUUACCGGUUGGACCUACAAGUACACAAAAACUUACUGUUGUAAUUCGGCAGAUUCGUAGACAUUUGGCUCGAAGUACCACAUUACACUAUUCCUAUAAAGAUUGUAUUCUGGUUGAUUGGGGUUAUGCCAGAACUGUUUCUGAUAUGAUACAGAUGUGUAUUUUGAUUAUGAUUUUAUGCAUAAUACAUCAGGCUAUUAAAGCACGUCGUCUAACUAAAAUGAAAGAAUUUUGUCGUUUUGCAACCGAAGCUGCUACUAAGAUUAUUGAAGAAAAUUGUGAAAAUUAUACUGGCUACGGUGCUUCAUCGUUUGGUGCUGCUGGUGGCGGUGUCUACUCAACUGCUGGCUUUGGUGUUAAUAGAUACGGUGGACUACUUGGUGGCUCUAGAGAAUAUAGAUUCUUUGAUGCCUUGGAUACUUAUGACUAUUGUGAAUAUGCUGAACCCACUGAACUGGCUCAACAGCAAUCGGUCAAAAGAGCAAUGUCUCGAGCCUACAAAGAGUACAUCGGUGAAGCAGUAAAUAUGCCCAGUUCUUAUCAUGCAACAAUGGCCGCAUAUUAUAUAAUUCAAGUUUCUAUUGAGAUCAUCCUAAUAUUAUGUGUAUUUUCGUUUAAUCUUUGGGUAAUAUUUUCAAUAAUAGUUGGUGAAUUUGUUGGUUACUGGUUGUUAAUCACUGAACCACCAACCAAUCCAGUUGUUAGUGAUUAA